AUGAGUGACCAGGACCGAAAUGAUCGCAGCUCAGUCUCGUCUCAGGAGCAGAUGACCGUCGGCGACCUGAUGCCACAAGCUUGCGAACGGUGUUGGAAGCGGAAGCAAAAGUGCGAUCGUCGCAAACCAUCAUGUCUCCAAUGUAGAGCAUCGUCUUCUCCGUGUAUUGAGCGUCGCCUUGGUACUGUUUUGGACCCGGCCGAUCCUCAAUCUCACCACAGUUACAUUGAGUCGCUAAAGCGCAGAGUAGAGGUGCUCAAGACUCGCUUGGAAGCUUCGUCAUCAACUGCUUCUGACUAUCCCACCGUCAGGUCUCAUUUCAACUUGGAGGAAGAUCGCAGUGCGACCCCUCGUCAUUACCCCAAUACCCGGGAAACACAACUUGGGGACAGUGAAAUUGCUCAGGGCAGCGAAUCUAGCGACAUCCCACACGGUGACACGCUACAAACCGAGAUGGGAUAUCUCUCGCUGAGUGCCAUGGACGAACUCACCUGGGAACAACCGUUUUCUAGCAGAAACAUAUCAUUCUAUACCCUUGUCCAAGCAGUCACAUGCGUGUCUGGAAGCAACCCGUCGGUAUCAGACAGCCAAAACGCGGCAAUCUUUGGCCCUCUUGGAGACUUCCAUCGCGGUCUCUUCCGUCAGGGUGUUAGUCUAACUACUGUCGGAACAGAAGCGCCAUUUCAAAAAUUUGUUGAUCUGGUCAAAUACGUUUUACCGUUUACACCGGUGGAACAACUCAUACUUGACUAUCAUGAGUUGCUUCAAGCGCAUGAAGACAAAAAUGUCAGCGACCUAGUCGUGAGUAAUCCUGGUAAAAUUAUUCUCAUCCACCUGGCGGUCGCCACAGGGGUUCUUUUGUCAAAAGACCACCGUUUUAUGGAGAGCUACGCGACAGCUUUGGCCUUGACGGCAUAUCAACUCGCUCCACGAGCCAUUGCCCAAUCGGAUGAUUUGGGUGCCGCACAAUGCCUGACGAUGAUGGCAAUUUUCUCCAUGUACAGCGCAUUUGGAGGAUCGACCUGGCAUCUUUUGGGCCUUGCCACAACACGAUGUAUUUCGGGGGGGAUGCACAACGCACGAGUAUCGGAUCCUGAGUCGGAUGAUGUGAAGCGAAGAAAUAAUAGUCGGACAUUCUGGACCCUCUAUGUGCUCGAUGUACUGGUCAGCAUUUCCCUGGAUCGACCUUUUCAGCUCCAUGAUGAAGAUAUCACGACCACGCCUCCGUCCAUCACCAACACUCGAGAAAAUUCUGAUGAGGUCCACUCUUGGAACGUGCAGCACGCCAUGUUACUUCACGAUGUGCGACAGAAUCCAUCCAAGGGAGUGCUCUUCCAUUUUAGCAACUACCGCUAUUGGAGAGAAACGGCCCCUAUAAACAAGUCCAACCAGUGCCACACUUGGCUUGAAAAGUAUCACUUUCGCCGCCUCUGUUGCCGAGUGGUUCUGGCUGUGCUACAGAUUUCCGAUUCAUCACAGCCAGAGAAACUGAUGCCUAUGAUUAUGGAGAAUGCAGAGCAAGAAUUUACUGGUUUUAUCGCUACGCUGGAGGACCAAAUUAAUGCCGAGGGUUGCGCCUUUACUACAUUCGAUGGUAUUGACGUCUUCUGCGCCGGGGUCGCUUGGCUUUACCUCCUCAUCCAUCGCCACCAGAUCCCUCUGGCUCUGAAAACCGUUCAAACUAUCUCGAAAAGCGGCCAGAGAGUGUUACGAAUACUGGCUGUUAUAUCAGAACGGCAUCGUUGUGCACAAAGCUUGUACGGUGUACUCAACACAUUCUCCGAGACGGUCCAAGGCGAGGGGGAUUGGGCCAAGGUCGAGAGCCUUGUUCUUGCCUCCGAGAUGACGAUUCCGCAAGGGGUACAGAAAUUAAUGCGGAGUACAAUCAACCUAAUCCAUGAAGUCCCCGACUCCGUUUAUUUGGCGCCCGACGCACCGUGA